AUGUCAUCCGAUCUAUACGAACAGCUCGGUAUUGCCCACGACGCAUCGCCGGAACAAGUGAAGAGAGCCUAUAAGAAACGGGCUUUACAAACGCACCCAGAUAGGCUUCCCCAGGGUGCGUCGCAAUCGGAGAAGGAACGAGCGGCAGAGGAAUUCCGCAAGGUGAAUAAUGCGUAUGAGGUACUGAGCGACCAAGAGAAACGCGGGGUGUAUGAUCGCCAUGGGGUGUGGCCGCCGCCCACAGAAGCGCCGCAAACAGCCCCAUCAUAUAGCUCGAGUAGCCGCCCGUUUGCCGCGGGUGGCGACCCAUUCUUCAGUACUGGUCCUCAUAUAUUCUUCAACAUGGGGGGUGGUGGCGCCUCGUUCUUCGGGCCAGGGUUCUCGGAUCCCUUCCGUAUCUUUGAGGAGGUCUUUGGCAGCCGUCAUUUCCCCGCCGGAUUUGAGGAUGACUUCCCAACUCGUGGUCGAAGACAAGGUUCAUUAGAUCCAUUUGGGGGUAUAUUUGGUCCCAGUGGAAUGUCUAUGGGAUUCGGUGGCGGCGGUUUCCCCAUGUUCAGCAGUGGAUCUGGCAGUCAGCGCAUCGUGUUCUCAAGCUCGAGCUCGAGCUCCGGCUCCGGCUUCGGCAGCGGUUGGGUCUCGGAGUCACACUCAUCGCGGACCAUCAAUGGUCGCACAGAGAGUGUGACGAAACGAACCGAUGCGCAAGGGAACGAGUACGCUACCUAUACCUCUUCUGAUGGGACCGUCCGCCACACCUUGAACGGCGCGCCACACGACGGGUCGACGCCUCGGGCUAUCGCAGAGGGGCCGAGUAGGCGCUCAUCCAGUCGUCGCGGCUCGUCUCGCGAUCUGCCUCCUCCACCUGUUGCACCCCGACCUCCUCCGCACACUGCGUACCAGCCCCCUCCUGGCCCACCCCCGCCCCCCGUACAACGAGCACGCUAUGACUCCCCGCCUCCCAUGAG